GGAUCGUCGACGUACGCUGCUGUACCGUAUAUCUGAAGGCAAAUUUCCCCUAGAUCACUGCUGUGCGACUUCCGUCAAAUGGUUCUACCGUAAUCAUGUCUAAGCUUUCGGACGCUCAGGUCGCUGAGCUGCAGUUUCACUUGCAAGGUGCCGUACAGAGCUGCAUCGACCGUUGUCUGUACCAAUCUGCUAAAUGGGCAGCCGAGCUGCUGAAUUCGCUCCCGCCGUCAGAUGACGGGUCAGACACCGAAGCCGACUCACCAACACCUGCAAGGUCCGUUAAGCCUGCAUCAUUCGAGAAGCCAGCAGUCGACUUGGAAGAGGCGAGACUAGAGAGCAAAGAGCAACACAAAUAUUUACUAGCGAAGACGUUCUUCGAUUGUCGCGAGUUUGACCGAUGUGCUGCCGUGUUCCUCCCACAGACACUACCGCAAGUGCCUAAACUUGCUUCAUCAUCUCCACCCUCGGCGAAGAAGGGUAAAGGAAAAGCCAAGACUGGGAACACACCUACCAAGCAGAAAGAAACCGACAAGGUAGUACGGAAUGUCAGCCAACGCUCUCUCUUCCUGGCACUGUACGCCAAAUACCUAUCAGGCGAGAAGAAGAAGGAUGAAGAGAGCGAAAUGAUACUAGGCCCGUGUGAUGGACCGGUCACGCCAAACAGGCAGCUUAACAGUAUAUCGGCUGUGCUGGAGCAGUAUUUCAGUGAAAGGCAUGCGGAAAACAAGAACGGUGGGGGUUGGCUUGAAUACCUGUAUGGUGUUGUCCUGGCCAAAGCCAAGGACGAAGAAAUGGCCAAAGAAUGGCUGAUUCAAAGCGUGAACAUAUAUCCCUUCAACUGGGGUGCAUGGCAGGAGUUGCAAAAUCUAAUUGGCAGCGUCGAAGAGUUGGACCAAGUACUCGAACGGCUUCCCCGCAACAUAAUGACUUUCAUAUUCCACAUUCACACGUCCCAAGAGCUCUUUCAAACAGACUCUCGUGUCUUCGCAGCUCUAUCUCAGAUUCAAUCCUUCUUUCCUACCUCACUUUUCUUGCAAACCCAACGCGCCCUCCUCCACUACCACGCCAAGGACCACGAAGAGGCUGCCAGCAUUUUCACGUCCAUCUUGGAAGCGGAUCCAUAUCGUCUCGACGCAAUGGACUCAUAUUCCAAUUGUCUGUACGUGCUCGAGGCGCGGCCCCGGCUUGCAUUUCUGGCCCAUCUUGCCAGUGCAACGGAUAAGUUCAGACCCGAAACGUGUUGCAUUAUUGGAAAUUAUUAUUCACUGCUUUCAGAGCACGAGAAAGCAGUCAUCUAUUUCAGACGCGCAUUGCAGCUUGAUCGCUCGUUCCUGACUGCGUGGACACUCAUGGGCCACGAGUUUGUGGAGAUGAAGAACUCACACGCCGCGUUAGAAGCGUACCGGCGAGCUGUCGAUGUGAAUCGUAAGGACUACAGAGCUUGGUAUGGUAUGGGACAGACAUACGAAAUGCUCAAGAUGCAUUCGUAUGCGCUCUACUACUAUCAGAGAGCCAGUGCGCUGAGACCGUUUGAUGCGAAGAUAUGGGGUGCAGUGGCGGCAUGUUUUGCACGCAUAGGGAAGGUAGGGAAUGCAAUUCGAGCCUACAAACGUGCAUUGGUAGCGGGAAGCUGGUAUGAGGGUAGCGGAACCAGAGGUGGUGCAGACACAUCCUUUGGGAGCGAAGGGUCAGGUCUGCAAGGUCUUGCGGGCGGAGUCCUUGAUCCAGACUGCCUUUAUCAAAUCGCUCUUCUCUACGAACGGAUGGGUGAAGUGCGGGAAUGCAGCGCAUAUAUGGAGCUCUGUCUUGCGCAAGAAGAGGGUCCCGGUAAUGGCGAUGACUUCGACGAAGACGACGCCGGUAGCCAGCAAGGUGGCGGCGGGGUCGGUGUCACGGCAACAACAAGCAAGGCAAGGAUGUGGCUUGCGAAGUGGGCUUACUCGAGAGGAGACUACGCGAGAGCGCUGGAACUCGCGACAGAACUUUGUGAAGAUGGGGUGGAAGUCGAGGAAGCGAAGGCAUUGCAAAGAGAUGUGAGGGCUCGAGAAGAAGCAGAAAGAGCCUGAGAAACAUUUCAGGAGCAAGCCUGACAUCGUGGGAAACGACUGCACUCCGCAACGGUGCACAUACCAUUCCAUAUGUGGUGUAUUGCUCGAGAGUAGCCGCGCUAACAUACGUCUAAUACAUGAGUUGCCGCGAUAAUUCCGUUUUUCGGCAGCUCCCGACAAAGCUUUAACGACAAGUAUUGACGUACACAACCUCAAUAUGGAUACGCUGUUCGAGGGACUAGAUAGAAGAGAAUCUUAUGCGGUCAUGCUGGCAAAGGUCUUCCAUACCAAGAAGGAUCUAUUAGUAAAUCGCAACGGAUUCAAGUCUGAAGGGGGUUCUGGAAAUGGUGCCGAGGGAGACAUUUCCAGGUCGGGUUUCCUGGAGCUGCCUCAAAACGUCAGCAAUGAAUUGAGAGAAAUGAAAUUUGACUCUGCUGUUAGAGAAUAGCUUGUAAGAAGCUUCAACCGAUGGAUACUCGACUUGUAUACGUUUCAUCCAGUACGACGUUCUUCUCCGGAAUCAGAUCCGUGGCUCCUGCAGAAACCUCUUCCAGUGGUACUGAACCGCUGGUCCAUUUUUGCGGCGUAGGCGAUGCGACUGCGUUCCACGAGUGUUUUCCUUGCAGAAUGUCUUCCUCGAGAAAGAUGCGUUCGGCAGAUAAAAAGCUCAUGAUCGAGCGGAGCUCAUCGUUCAUUCGUACAACCGUAUACUCUAGAUCAGCUGCCCGUUCAGAAUCACAAAUCUUCUUUUUUUCGGAGCUGGUGGUUAACUUAUUGCUCUCAAAACGCCUUGGCAAGUUGCAAAGAAACAAGUGAGGAUAGUUCCACGGGGCAAAGGUUGUCCAAUAUAGUCCAAAGACCCGGAAUGACGGUAGCCUUGUGUGGGCCAUCAGCUGGCCACUGCCAGGUACACCCACCAGACGGACUGCUCGGAUUCGCAUCUAGCAUCUUGAUGGCAUGUAUGCUCAGCUCUCAGAUCUCCGUUAUCUCUUUGGAUGGAGCCAGGUCAAGGAUAAGACCAGCGUGAUUGGACAUCCGUCCAAACCAGGGCCGAGGCAUCUCUUCCUCGAACCCGAGGGGGAAUAAGCAGGACAGGGCGAGGAGUGAGAAAGGGAGCGGAGCGGCUGCGCUGCAGUUCCUGUGUCGGAAUCUGGCUAGAGACGCACGCAAUGCUAGAGAGGUUUGACUCAGGUGUGACUGAAGAGGGAGAGAAGUUUGUGUUUGUAUGGGUGAUGGGGGAGCAAAAAAAAAGUUAUUAGAUGCUAUAUGGCUACACUAUUUGGACGAGGCUCUUCUACAAGCGAGCGUCAAUUUGAUCGAGGGUUUUGCCAAGG